AUGACAAUUGUUAAUUUUGAUAAUCUUACUUCUGCUUGUCUUGCCCAGGGGCCUUUCCUGGAUGCUGUUGCUCAGUCCUUCUUGGGACCCAUCAUGUCGACAGGAGAAAUGAGCACAGGUCACACAGUUCUGGGAUGUCAGACUGCUGAUAAGGCAGUCAUCACUUUAUUUAUCAUUUUAGUCCUGUUGUGUCUUGUAGCAAUGGUAGGCAAUGGAUCUAUCAUUAUAGCACUGGGCAAGAAAUGGUUGCUCCAGAGAACACUGUCAGCUCAUAAUAAGUUACUGAUGAGUCUGGCAGCCUCUCGCUUCUGUCUACAAUGUGUGGUGAUAGGUAAGAAUACUUAUGUUUUCCUGAAUCCAACAGUCUUCCCAUACAACACUGUAAUGCAGCUCCUAAAUUUAAUGUGGGACUUCCUGACUGUUGUGACUAUCUGGUUCUGCUCCUUGCUAGGUUUCUUUUAUUCUGUGAAAAUUGCAACCUUAGCCCACCCUGUCUUUAUGUGGCUAAAGUACAGGGUGCCUGGGUGGGUACCAUGGAUGUUGGUCAGUGCUGUAGGGAUGUCAAGCUUAACUAGUAUCCUGUGUUUCAUAGGCAAUUACAUAAUAUAUAUGAACUUUGUAAAGAGUGACCAGCAACCUUGGAAUGUCACUGGGAAUAGCUUAAGAAACUCAUUUGAGAAAUUCUACUUCUUUUCUAUAAAAAUGAUUAUGUGGACAAUCCCUACUGUUAUCUUUAGCAUUUUCAUGAUUUUGCUCCUCGUAUCUUUGGUAAAACACAUGAAGAAGACUCUCUCGACCUUCUCAGGACUUCGGGAUGUUAGAGCACAGGCCCAUGUGAAAGUUCUUCUUACCCUUCUCUCAUUCAUCAUCCUUUUUGUCUCCUGUUUUCUGACUCUGGUAUUUAGUUCCAUCAGCAGCACACCCUUUCAGGAAUUCAGGUACUGGAUGUGGGAGGUGGUGAUUCAUCUGUGCACGAUGAUACACCCCAUUAUUAUACUCUUCAGCAACCCUGGGUUGAGAGUAAUGGUGAAGAGGGGCUGCUGCUGA